AUCUUACCCAAAUCCGUCAACUUGUCUCCUGAGCAACAAAGAACCAAAAAAAAAAAUGCAAGGCACACUGAUCACAACAUCGCCACUCAGGUUCCACCUGCUGAUGACGUCACAAAGAAUCACCAACGUAACCAAGAGACGAAGUCAAACCUUGGCGUGUGGUGGUGGCUACUACUACAAAGGAGGGAGAGUGGUAGACGAGAACAUGGUGGUCCUUAGGAAACGGAUCCACGAGAUGAAGAUGGUUGAGCGAAACUACGAACCUCCUUCCCAUUGGAUGCAGUGGGAGAAACGUUUCUACUGCGGAUACGACGCUUCAAUCUGUGACGCUCUCUGUAUUCUCCAAACUUUCCUCAUGAACUCUCGUCCCAGCGUUGCGUUUGGAGCGUUGCUUCUUGUCCUCGUUAGCGUUCCCGUCUCCACCGCUUUCUUUGCGUUUCGCAUCCUUGACAUCCUUCUUUGGCUUAUCAAUGCCAUUCACGUAGGAUGAUCGUGUUUCGUGUAAAUUGUCUUAGAUGUGUUUGUAUUUUCUUGCAGUUAUUUCGUUUCCUAAGAUAAGAAGAUUCCUAUUUUGAUAUGGUUUGAAAAAUAUUGUAGUAGUAGAUAUAAAAAGAGAGAGAUCUAAUCAGAGUGAUAUAUAUUGAAGAGA